AUGGCCAAGUCCAAAGCUGCCAAGCGCAAGCGCAAUGCGCAAGUCGACCUUCCACAAAAACUCCCCAAGGCCACUACCCUCACGCCCCCUCUAGAUGGCGAGCCCAAGCACCUCAGGACACUCGUCGCGGACGAGGAACUCGACAUCACCACCGAGACACUCACAGCGCUCGCACAAUACCCCAACCUGACCAAGUCCAAGGCAUGCAAGGACCUCCGAGUGGCAGUCUAUGAGUUCCGCCAGGCUUGUACUACGGGCGUGAACACUGCUGAGGGUGCAAACUUGACAGCACGAAUUACCGGUGCCUUAGCUGACGAGAAGUACGUCGACGCUAAAAUCCUGCUCGCCGAGAUGAGAAUACGGGGCGAACAACCGAAGAUCGGAGCCCUGUGUCGUUGGGUUCGAGACCUAGACGUCGUCAGCGGCCUUUCGACGCAGCCCGCUUUCGAUCGCAAAGAAAAGAACACCCAGCUCCUCUCCGUCCUCGAUGCCAUUCUCCGCGUCAGUACCCCGAUCGACACCAACCCGAACGCCGUGACCUCAACCGCAACCUCUUCUAUUGCCUUCCAGUCGGUCUGGGAUCUCCGUCCUUCAACGGCAUCACUCCCGAUCUACGCCUCGGUCCUCGACAAAUCUAUUUUGAACGAGGCACCGGCAUCUCCCUCCUCCAUCCGUAUUAUCGAACAGACCGCCGGCCCACUUCGCAAACCUCCCAAUCACCAUCCCGCUAUCCUCUACACCACCGUUCCGAAUGCAGUCCCACUAUCUCCCGUCAGCUCGUCUAUAACAUACUACCCUCAUCCCGCCGUGCCAGGCCUCGGCCUUGCUCUGGAUGUACUAUCUCCUGCCGAGUGCAGGGCUAUUAUCGCCGCAGGCGAAUCCGUCAAUUUCAUACCCGACGCGCCCUUGCGCGAGGAUGGCGACAUAAGCAUUCUUGCCCACAACUUCUACUGGAUUAUCGAUACCACCUUUCACGACAUACUCUGGGCGCGAAUAUCCCCCUACGUGCCACCUUCCAUAAACGGGCGGCUGGUUCGAGGCAUCAAUCGGCGUUUCCGCGUUUACAGAUACGUCCCCGGUGCCGAGUAUCGGUGCCAUAUUGACGGAGCUUGGCCUCCCUCCGGCAUCCUUCCCGACGACACUUAUGUUUACGAUUCCUCACCUAAAGAAAAAAAGCAGAGCUCUAUGUACACCUUCUUGCUAUACCUCAACGAUGAAUUUGAGGGCGGAGAGACGACUUUCUUCAUGCCAGCUGCGCGAGAGGGAAUUCUCAAUGCUUACCCCGUGCGACCUGUGAUGGGAGCCGUUGCGAUAUUCCCACACGGGGAGUCGAACGGAGCCUUGCUACAUGAAGGGACCGGAGUAAGGAAGGGCGCAAAAUACAUUAUCAGGACGGACGUAGAGUAUGACGUCGAGCCAAGCGAGUCAUAA